AUGAAAACCAACGACAAGCACUGUGAGUGGCUGAAGGACAACGUAAUGUUUCUAGAGAGUGUCAUACAGGAUAUGAGAGAGGAACACUUGAGGAAGACUUCAGUGCGAGAGGUGGAGAAGCUGGAGAAGAUCCUGAAGGAUGCUGUGGAGCUGGUGAAGAGACAAGAAAACAUGUCCAGGCUGAAACGGGGAUUCAAAGCCAACAGCCUGGCAGAAGAGUUUAACGACAAAAGCAGCCGGCUGAGUGAUGCGACCCAUCACCUUUCCCUCGCACUACAUGUGCAGAUCCUCAGCCAAGUGUCCACACGUAGAGGUGCACCCCUGAGGAUCCUCCUGAUUGGGCCACCUGGAGUGGGGAAGAGUGCUGUGGGGAACACCAUUCUGGGGAGAGAAGCAUUUGAGUCCACACCAUCAUGCCAGACUGUCACAAAUAGAUAUGAACAAGCAUCAACCAGAAGCCCACGUGAAAUACAGGUGGUUGAUACUCCUGGUAUAUUACCCACACAUAGAGCUGAAACUGAAGUUAAAGAGGAGAUCCUUCCGUGCAUUCAACUCUCUGCCCCAGGUCCCCAUGCCUUCCUGCUUUUCAUACCAGUGGGUCGCUUCACCAAAGAGGAUCAGAAUGCAGUCAGGGCCCUCCAGGAGAUCUUUGGAGAGAGGGUGAAAGACCACAUCAUCAUCCUCUUCACAUAUGGAGAUUGCCUUCAUGGUCAGACUAUUGAAGACUGUGUACACUACUCCUACCCUAAACUACAGGAGUUGAUUAGGAGCUGUAGGGGGAGAUAUCAUGUGUUUAACAACAAGAGCAGAGACAGGACUCAGGUAGGUGAGCUGAUCAGGAAAAUAGAGGAGAUGGUGGCAGCUAACGGGGGACAGCACUAUGUAUACUAGAUAAUAGGAAAAGCUGGAGGUCACAAGGAAAUACUUUCCCUGUCAUGUCAGGCCUUUCUCUAAUAGAAUACUGUACACUUGGU